AUGGCGACCACGGCCGCGCCGUGCUGGACCUAUGCGGCUCCGACCCAUAUUGGCGGCUACAGCGCCGGCUACAGCAGGAUACAUGGCCCGGCCGCGCAACUUCCCACCGCAGUACAAAAGCCACGCUUUGGUAUACAGGUUUCAUCGGCAUCAGCAGUCGCAAAGACCAACCAGUAUUACGAGGAGUGGUCAGAUUUCGAGUCCUGCAGCCUUGCAGAGGAGAAGAUCGCUCACAGGAUCAGGGAGACUUUCCUGCAAGCCAUCCACACGGCAUUCCCAGGACGCCGGAAGUCCGAUCUCAAGAUCCUGGACUGUGGCUGCGGUAUCGGACGGGACUUGGCUGCCUUUGGAGACCUGGGUUACGACUGCGAGGGCUUCGACCCGUGCCCGCGACUAGUCGCCAAGGCUCGCUCCAGAAGUGGGCGGCAAGUGCACAUGGCGAACUUCGGCUCCAUCAACCUACCGACUCGUUUCCACGGUGCCUUCUGUUUGGCCUCGCUUUACCACGUUCCCCGAGUACGCUUGGCAGCGGCAUUGCUGAAGCUAAGCGAGCAUUUGGUGAAGGAUGGUGUUCUUUUGGUCACGAUGCCUCCAGGGCAGCAAGAUCUUCUGCACCCGGAUGGCUGCUGGGUCAACAACAUGCCUGCCGAGGAGCUUACCGAGUUUCUGACGUCUGCCGGUUUCCAUGUCGUGGCUUCGCCGACAAGCGUGGAUAUCUUCGGUUACGAGUCCUCUCUCCUCGUGGCCCGGAAUUGGGGAGUCAUCCAACCAGGGCUUGGCUACCCCGAAACUCUGCCGGUCUUCAAGUUCUGUGGCAAACAUGGCGGUAGGCAAAGCAACGCUGAGAGUGACAAUGAUCACGACAAGCAUACGAGCGAUACCGAAAUCACAGAGUUCGUUUUCAAGAGGUUGGACACAGCUCGACAUUCCACUCAGGACAUAUUGAGUCGUUAG